AUGCUGCCCCUUGUGAUAAUGGCACUCAACACUCAGUCAACUGAGAAGUCAGCUCCUCUCGUACUUCCUCCCAAGGAUGAGAGACUAAAAACCAUUGAUGUUAUGUCCAUAAAGGGCAAUUCUUUUGAAGAUUUCUGCUUGAAAAGAGAUCUACUUAAAGGGAUAUAUGAAAAGGGAUGGUCUACUCCGUCGCCAGUACAAGAAAGCAGCAUACCAAUGGCUCUUUCUGGGCGUGACAUACUGGCCCGAGCGAAGAACGGGACUGGAAAAACUGGAGCAUACUUGGUGCCAAUUCUUGAGCGUAUUGACGCUAGCGUUAACAAACUUCAAGCUCUCAUUCUCGUUCCUACUCGUGAGUUGGCUCUACAAACUAGCCAAAUCGCCACGGAAGUGUCGAAGUACCUCGGAAUUAAAAUUAUGGUCACGACUGGAGGCACAAAUCUUGCUGAUGAUCUUGCGCGUCUAGAUGGCGCCGUACAUUGCUUGAUAGCGACUCCUGGUCGCAUAAUAGAUUUCCUUAACCGCUCUAUAUUAAAAAUGGAACAAUGCAGUACUCUUGUCCUCGACGAAGCAGAUAAACUAUUGUCUUCUGGAUUUAAUGAAACGAUUCCUGAUGUCAUUAAAAAUCUCCCCGAAGAUAGGCAGAUUAUGCUGUAUUCGGCAACAUUCCCUCUGUCUGUGCAGUCAUUUACCAAGGCUCAUUUAAAAAAUCCCUAUGAAAUCAAUCUGAUGGAAGAAUUAACACUGAAGGGUGUAACACAGUUUUAUGCUUACGUUCAUUGUUUGAAUACACUUUUUUCCAAACUUCAAAUCAAUCAGGCGAUCAUAUUCUGUAACACAGCACAACGCGUUGAAUUACUGGCAAAGAAGGUGACUGAGCUAGGCUACUCAUGCUACUAUAUUCAUGCAAGAAUGCCUCAACACUAUCGAAAUCGUGUCUUUCAUGAUUUUCGCGCUGGUCACUGCCGAAACCUCGUGUGUACUGAUCUGUUUACUCGCGGCAUUGAUAUUCCUUCCGUUAACGUUGUGAUCAAUUUUGACUUUCCGAAAUAUGCAGAAACAUAUCUUCACCGUAUUGGACGCUCUGGGAGAUUCGGACAUCUUGGUGUUGCUAUAAAUCUUAUUACUCAUGAUGACUGCUAUCACCUUAAGGUUAUAGAAAACCAGUUGCGCACGGAAAUCAAAGCCAUUCCCAAGGAUAUAGACAAGCGCCUUUAUGUCUCAGAAUACCAGAAUGUUUCCAGUCUGGACGAAGAAACACGCAGAGCUCUCUCCAUGGGUCUGGGAAUCCCGGAAGAAACUCAUGAACAGGUCCUUUCAGGGACCAUGGCCGAGACCGGUGUUGAAGCGGAGUUUGCUCUUGAGGAACCCAGUUUAAGAUAUCAUCGACUGGAGAAUGAUUUGCCGGGAAGCCUUGCAAAGACUGAGAUCACCACCGUUGCCGCCCACUGGAAGUUCAUCGUUUUGGGCCACAAGGAUGGAACUGUGAACAUCUUUGAUCACCUCGGAAAUCUCAUUCAAAAUGGAUCAUACAAGAAGCAUUUCCGUCCAAUCAACCAAAUCAGCAUAUCAGACGAUGACAACUUUGUUGCCAGCUGUGCCGACGAUGGUUUCGUGACUCUUCAUUCUCGUGGUGCCUUCGGCCGCCGCACGUCGGAUCAGCUCUACGUUCCACCGGGAGGGGUGCAGACUAUGGCCUGGCGUGGCAACGUCCUUAUCUGGGCCGACGAUGCUGCGGUACGUGUCUAUAGCGUGCGUAGAAGGCAACUCAUUAACUACAUCCCCAAAUUCCCGAAUAAUUUGGACUGUUUCCUGAUUGGCUGGGAGAAAAUUGUCCAGGUGUGCCAGAUUCUGAGACCAAGCAGUCCUGCACACGAGGCCAUCUGGAGCUCAACCGCCUCCAACGAUGACAACGAGUCCAUUGCAUCCUCACAUUACUCUGCCUCUAUUGUAAGUGGUCCAGCACAGCCAAAAGAGUACGUUCAAAUUGCUACUCAACUUGACUUGGGACGUGGCGAGGACAGAGGCGUGAUUUGUGGCAUUGCGACUCACCAAAACCGCAUUCUCGUCCUCCUCUACCCACUGAAAUCCGUUGAGAGCCUGCUGGUAGUGGGACCUGGAGGAGAAAGGUCGCCCCAGCUCCUUGUUGCCGAUGUAGGCGACGCGCUGACCAAUCCUUCCUGCCCUCUGAGUGAGCUUGAUUUGAUGUUCCCUGUGGAGGAUGCAUUCGAGGAAAUAAGUCUGGAGGAUGUUGAGCUUAGGAUUCCUCCUGAACAUGGCUUCCAAGGAUUGGGAUUAGCAACUAUCCCUGGGGAAGAUACACACUUCGUCUACUCUCCAGUAGACAUGGUUUAUGCCCAAGCACUGUCCGCAGAUGAUCGGAUAGACUGGUUUUUGGAACAGGAUAUGCCCCGACGAGCUCUUCAAAUCGCCAAUGAGUAUCACAUGGAUUUGAAACUAGGGAUGGAUUAUCUAAACAAAUUAAUCGAGGAUAAGAAAUAUCAGAACGCAGCAGGUCUCUGCAAACUCCUUCUCACUGAUAAGGAGUCGUGGGAGGUUCAAAUUUACCGAUUUCUUCAACUCGGCCAACUUCAUGUUCUUGUACCCUACCUCCCAUCAACAAGAGAUCUCAUUGGCUCCUCAACCUAUGAGGUCAUCCUGAUCGACCUUUUAAGCAAAUCUCCACAGAUGCUUUUGCAAAAACUCAAGGAAUGGCCGCCGAACAGUGGUCUGUACUCCCCCGGUCCCAUAAUUGCGGCAAUUCAGGGACAGAUCUCUUUGUUUUCAACUCAAGGAGACAGCAAGGAUCCCGAUAUGAAUGCCUUGUGGCGUGCACUGAUUAUCCUCUACGAAAAUGCUGGUGAGCCGGAGCAGGCUCUUGAAAUUUCUAUCAGGCUGAAGGACUCUAGAACCUUCGACUUUCUACGGCGCCAUCUACUGCCGGAGGGACGUGCUAGUAGUCGUUUCGGAGCGGUGGUUCGCAAACAGCUCAUUCCUCUGUGCCAAAUAGACAUCACACGAGCAGUCCUUCUCAUGAUUGACUGCAUGAGGGAGCUACCUGUUGAUUUUGUUGUUGAAGAGCUCGAUUCUCAGCCGCUGUUGCUCUUUAAGUACCUUGAUGCACUAAAUGCGCGCAAUCCACGAUCCGCUCUGCCCCACGUGUAUCGUCUGGUGAAGUUAUACGCGUCGUACUCUCGCCAGCAGCUGCUGCCUUUUCUGCGCUCCACCCACCACUACCCUCUCAACGAGGCUCUGACACUAUGCCAGUCCCUCAACUACGUUCCAGAAACCAUCUACCUACUCACGCGAGUCGGACGUCGCAAAGAUGCACUCCGAUUGCUCAUGGAGAAGGGUGCAGAGGACCCAUUUUUACUGGGUAGCAAGACCCUGACUAUGGAACAACGCCAGGCGGAGGUAGCCGCCCGAGCAAUUGCCUAUUGUCUGGAGGAGGACUCCUCCCAGCGAGGGACCUACCUUACCUCCUACGACCAGCCUCACCGCCUACACUCUAAGCUCGUUCAAAAGCGCAGUCGCGUCGACAGUGGUGGUGACCCCGGAGCAGCAGACUGUGCGAGUGUUGGCGACAACAGUGGUGGCGAUAGCGGCAACGAUGACGGUGAUUACUGGACGGGGGCAGAUGGGGGCGUGGGGGAGGGUUGUGGCGAAUUGUGGAAGCAGGUGGUGUUUUUUGCAGUUGAUAAACCCGGCUUCAUUUGCGCCCUCUUAAAUCAGGCCAGCACGGAACGGAUUGACCCUUCCUUGUUACUACGAAAGAUCGCGCCCAACACGGUGAUUCCACAUUUGAAGGAGUCUUUAGUCAAUCUCCUUCGCAAUACGCAGAUGCAAAUUGAGCUGCGACGGAAUUGCGAGAACAUCCUGCUGAAGGAUCUCCAUGAGGUCUCCUCCCGCCUAGUGAGUAUGCAAAACCGUGGCGUGUUUGUGGACAUUAGAAAGGAGAAGGGGGAAUGGGGCGGCAGCGCCAUCUGCCGCGUCUGUCGUCAGACCCUUCUUUCCUCCUCUACAGAACGCCGCUCCAGCAGUGACCAAGAGACAAGCGGACCACACCAGCCACCUCUUUUGGUAUUCCGCUGUUCUCACGUCUUUCAUCAGGCCUGUCUCCUGCGCCUCGGGCGAUUUGUCACCUGUCCGGUGUGCGUGCGGGAGCAGAUGGAGGCUGCCUAG